AUGAAAUGCUCUGCACCCUCUGUGAUAUUGGGUAUGAAUUUCAUGGAGAUAGAUGAAUCUUGUUUAGAAUGCACUGUCGUGAAUUAUAAAAUGUAUGCCUUAAAUGUCCUUAAGGUUUUUGAGGAAGAAAUAGUAGCUUAAUAGAUAAUAAUUGUGUUAAAUGUCCAAAUAAUUGUUAGUUGUGUAAUAAAAGAGAUGAGGGUUCAGUACAUAAGAUUAAUACACUAUUUAUCAAUGUCAAAUAUGAAUAUUAUUCUUAUUAUUGUAUUUCCGGCUUUAGUGGAGAUUUUGAUUCGGAAUUAGGCUUAUUUUUAGAUUGUGAAGAAGGUCCAUGCUCACAAUAUAUUGAAAUCAAUUUAAAUUGAAUUUGUAGUUAAGAUUUAUAUUAUCAAUAACUGGACCAAUUAUAAAGUGAGGAGGAGAAAAGAAGAUUUACCCUUUAAAAUAUUUAAAAGCUAUCAAUUAUUUUCUACUACAAGUUGUUCACAAGUAAUCAUUCCUAAAACAAUUUUAGUUUGAAAACAUAGGAGUUUUAUUAAAUGGCUUAUCAAAAAUCAAUUAAGCAAGUUUUAAUAAAGAUAUUCCGUAUAUAAAACUAGAGGUGCUAUUUAAAUGAUGAAUUCCAGAUUUCAUAGAGUUUUAGUACAAAUAUAUUUUCAGCAAUGUAAUCAUAAUAAUUUUUUAAUUUAAAGAUGUAGAACUUGAAAUUUAUGGUAAUGGCAUUAUAAUUCAGUUCUAGAAAAAUCAUACAUCAUUCAAGUCUAAAAAUAACUAUUUUUUUGUCAAUUUCAAAAGAAUUCGCAUAGAAGGUAUAUAAAUUGAAGUGGACUAUUUUUCAUUUGGCCCAAGUUUAAUAAAAUUUCUAAGUCUUUUUGAAUAAACAGUUGAAUUGGUUGAUAUAUUAACAAGAUUAUGACUUAACUACUUUUUAUGUUAUUAUGGAAAAUGCAAAAAAUGUUGUUAUGCAAAAUUUUUGGAUAAAAGAUUUCAGAAGAAAAUUUUCCAUUUAAGCUUUUAUUUAGAUUAAAUAAAUGUAACUCCCAGGCAAUUAAAUUAAGCAAUAUUAGCAUUAAGAAUAGUGA